AUGAUGCCACUGAGGAUAUCCAAGCCCGCUUUCGAGCAUCAUUAUGAUUGCAUCGGAAUAGGCCAGUCCAAACCUCGAAUCUCAUGGCAAUUCCUUACGUCUCCAGUUUCCGAUGUGCCGUCCAACUGGACCCAAAAGGCGUACGAUAUCGAAGUCAUAUCUCAUCCUACACCAACUCGGCCAACACCACAGACCACCGCCUACCAUGUCGAAAGUGAGCAGUCUGUUCUAGUAUCAUGGCCAGCGCCACCACUUCAAUCUCGAGACAUGGCUACUGUGAGGGUUCGUGCAUACAGUGCAUCUGACUCAGAACCAACCGAGUGGUCACCAGCUGCCACUGUCGAGACUGGCUUACUCUCGCCUAAUGACUGGGCUGCUUCAUUCAUCACUCCAGCCUCGCAUCAUGGGCUAGAGGCGCCGCUUCAGCCUAUUCGCUUUCGAAAAGAGUUCACCAUCCCCGGUCACCUCUCUCAACAGUCAUCAAAGUGUCGAUUGUACAUCACAGCGCUGGGAGUCUACAACAUCUAUAUCAAUGGUCAUCUCGCGAGUGACGAGUGCAUGGCUCCAGGCUGGACAAGUUAUCGGCAUCGCCUAGCAUACCGGACCCUUGACGUCGAACAAUAUCUUAACCUUGAGACAGGUGCUCGAAACAUGAUGGCUGCGGAGGUCGGUGAGGGUUGGUUUGCUGGCACUCUCGGCUUUAGAGGAGGAACUCGCUUCAACUAUGGUGGCAAGGAGCUGUCGCUACUCGCCCAGCUUGAGAUCACACAUGACCCGGAGGAACAACCUUGGAGACUUGUGACAGAUGACAGCUGGGAGUGCACACCAAGCCCUAUUAUCAGCAGCGAGUUGUAUAAUGGCGAGACUUAUGAUCAGCGCCUUGAAUGCGACAACUGGAACAAUGUCACCUCAGAAGGGGCUCAAGUUGGUGACGACUUUGUCUCAUACGCUACGAAAGUAUUGGACAGGAAGCCUACUGAGCGCUUGGUGGAAUCCGAGGUUCCUCCUGUUCGAGUCAAGCAAACUAUCAGGCCAUCACAGGUGUUUGAAUGCACGACUGGGAAGACAAUCAUCGACUUUGGUCAGAACCUAGUAGGGAAACUCCAAAUCAAGUCCUUGGAGCUUCCUCCUGGCGCGACUCUGACAUGGAAGCAUGCCGAGGUCAUGGAGCAUGGUGAACUUGGAUCUCGCCCUCUCAAUCACGCAAAGUGCACAGACACGAUCAUAUCGUCAGGUAAGCCUUUAAAGGACUGGGCUCCAAAGUUUACGUUCCACGGGUUUCGCUACGUCCAGGUGGAGGUGCUUGAUGCCAACUUAGAACCUCUUGACGCGGUAUCUUUGCUUCGUCUUGGUGCUGAUGAUAUUAAUGUCGAGGCUCUUGUCAUGCACAGCGAUAUGACAAGGCGAGGUCAUUUUAAGUGCUCCAAUGCCGCUAUUAACAAGCUUCAUGAGAAUGUUGUCUGGUCGAUGAAGGGCAAUUUCCUUUCCAUACCAACGGACUGCCCUCAACGCGAUGAAAGGCUUGGCUGGACGGGUGAUAUCCAGAUAUUCUGCCCAACCGCGUCAUUUCUCUAUGAGACAACCGGAUUUCUCUCAGGGUGGCUCGAUGAACUAGCCGCUGAGCAAUUGCUUGAAGAUGGCCGAGACGGUGUCCCCGGCUUAGUAUGCCCGGAUGUUCGUCUUCCAGGCUGGCCGAAGCGGAUGCCACAAGCAUUGUGGCACGACGCUACUGUUCUCGUGCCAUAUUCUCUAUAUACAAGCAGCAGCGAUACAAGACUGCUUGAGAAGCAGUUUGAGAGUAUGCGUGCCUGGCUGGGGCGAGGUGUUGAUAGAGAAGGAGGUGAUGGAUUAUGGAACCCGGAUCAAUGGCAAUUCGGAGAUUGGCUUGACCCUACAGCGCCACCAGAUCAGCCGGGAUACUCGAGAACUGACUCAGUUAUGGUGGCUGAUGCGUAUUUGGUUCAUGUUACGUCUGUAUUCGCUAAAGUCUGUCGGCUAUUGAACAAACACGAUCUGGCUGACAAGUACGAUGCCGAGGAGCUCCGUCUACGGUCGUUAUUCCAGGAUCGAUACAUUACGCCUGCAGGUAACUUGAUGGCGAAUACUCAAACAGGUAUCGCGCUGGCGAUAUGCUUCUCACUGUACCGUGACGGUGAGAAGGAGUCUCGAGAAGUCACCGCCGCAGCAAAGGCUUUAUCGAAGUUAGUGCGAGCCGCUCAGUUCAAGAUUGGAACUGGGUUCGCAGGCACUCCACUCAUCACCCACGCCCUUACACAGACGGCGCAGCCCCAAUUAGCAUACCGAAUGCUCUGUGAGAAGUCUUGUCCCAGCUGGAUGUAUCCUGUUACGAUGGGUGCAACGACAGUCUGGGAACGUUGGAACAGCAUGUUGCCCGAUGGAAGCAUCAACCCGGGUCGCAUGACAAGCUUCAAUCACUAUGCUUUGGGUGCUGUGGCAGACUGGCUACAUGGCACUGUUGGCGGUAUUGUACCCAUGACUUCUUCGCCGGGCUGGAAAGUCUUCCGUGUGAAGCCAAUCCCAGGAGGGAAUCUGACUUGGGCUGAAACGAGCUUUGAUGGGCCGUAUGGUAGAAUUGAGUGCAAGUGGACGUGGACGACAGAUACUGGCUCAUUCAAGAUGUCUCUACUCGUUCCGCCCAACUCAUCUGCUCUUGUCACCUUGCCGUCCGAGUUGAGUGAUGAUCCGGCUCAAAUAUACAAUGAUAAGCGAAUCAAGAGUAGAUUGCUUGGGUCGGGGCUACAUCAAUUUGAGUGUUAUUAUGUAGCUGGAGAAUGGCCGCCGAAGCCUAUCUUGAUGCCCAAUAUGACCUGGCAGCCAAAGGAUGAGGACCUGGCCUGUUGA